GGGGGUGUAGGGGGGUCCGGGAUCCCGGCAGGUCGGGAGGCGAGGUCCGGACCGCGGGUUUUGCCAGCGCGGAGGCCGGUUCGGAUCCCGCCGCCGCCCCGGGGUGCCGGUGCAAUCGGGUUGUUAAGAAGGGGGGACUCGCAGACGACAGUCUCAAACUGAACAACCCCUCAGAAGCAGACCGAGUCACCAGUGCCUGAACAUCACUGGCCUUUAAGCUUCGAAGGGGGAGAAGCGUUUGUCUGCUCACCUCCAGGGGAAGACUUCAGUCUUCAGUGCGACUGAGGGUGCGGUGAGACACACGCAGCUGAGUGGGAGAUAUCCAGAGCGAGGGCUGUGAAAAGGGUUUCGAUCGGCGAGAGAGCCGGAGAGACAUCACACCACUCACAGCGGAGAGAAACCGAACACGCGUGCUGCCCACACGACGUUCUGUUCAAUCGACCGACUCGAAGGAGUGGAACGUUAUUCCUGAGAUAAGAGCGACCAUCAGGUCAGGUUGCUAAAGAAUCAGUUGUUCAUCCCCGCCGGAAAAUCACGCAUCACGUUGGGGAGAGGCCGUGACUGGGGAGGAAUUCACUGAUUUCCACUUGUGUUGGAAACGCUCCUCCCUUCACACCAAUGAACCCUUCACCGUGUUCAGACAGCGGGAAACUCUUCAAGGGUUCUGGCACCCUUACGGCACACCGGACAGUUCACAAUGGGCAGAGACCAUUCACCUGCUCCCAGUGUGGGAAGGGGUUCACUCGGUCCACCAGCUUGUUACGACACCAGCGGAUUCACACCGGGGAGAAGCCCUACACGUGCCCAGACUGUGGGAAGGAAUUCACGCAGUCGUCCAGCCUGAUGAGGCAUCAGCAGGUCCACUCUGGCGUGAGGCCGUUCACCUGCUCCGAGUGCGGCAAGGGCUUCACUCAGCCAUCCAAUCUCAUGACGCACCAGCGGGUCCACACCGGGGAGAGGCCAUUCACCUGCUCUGAGUGCGGCAUGGUGUUCACUCAGUUAUCCAGCCUGCUGAGACACCGCCGGGUGCACACCGGGGAGAGGCCAUUCACCUGCUCCGAGUGUGGGAAGGGGUUCACCCAGUCCUCCCACCUGUCAUUGCACCGGCGGGUCCACACUGGGGAGAGGCCGUUCACCUGCACUGAGUGCGGGAAGGGGUUCAGUCAGUCCUCCCAUCUGCUGAGGCACCAACGAGUCCACACUGAGGAGAAAGUUUAAAUGUGCCGUCUGGUGAAUGUGAUACGACUCCAUGAAUAACCGGGAGUAUUGGACUGUGCAGUUAUUGCCGAUGGUUUUCGCACCCAGGAUCCGCCUGUAGUUAAAGACCGAAGAACAAAAAGGGCCAUUCACCCUCUGUGCCUGGUUCCAUCUCUUACCUUGGCACCAUUUUCCUUGACGAACCUCAUUUCUUUUGAUUCCGUUACUGAAAAAUCUAUUAAGAUACCUUUAUUAGUCACAUGUACAUUGAAACACGCAGUGAAAUACAUCUUUUUGUGCGUAGAGUGUUCUGGGGGGCAGCCCACAAGUGUCGCCACGCUUCCGGCGCCAACACAGCACGCCCACAACUUCCCAACCCGUACGUCUUUGGAAUGUGGGAGGAAGCCGGAGCACCCGGAGGAAACCCACACAGACACACGGGGAGAAUGUACAAACUCCUUACAGACAGUGGCCGGAGUUGAACCCGGGUCGCUGGCGCUGUAAUAGCCUUACGCUAACCGCUACACUACCGUGCUGCCUUGAUCUUGGUCUCAAAUAUACUCAGUGACUGAGCCUCCCAGGGAAAUUCCAAAGGCCCUUCCGAGUAAAUGCUGAAGUUUCCCUCAACCCCCGGUGAAGGAAAUUCUUCUCAUCUCUUGACAAUAAAGAGCUGCCUGCUUAUUUUAAGUUAACCCCUGGUGACUCCCCAGCUAACAGAAAAAUUAACACUUCAUCCACCUCUCACAAGCCCCAUGAGGAUAUUAUAUGUUCCUACUAAUCUCAAGAGGGACAGAGUUCAUUUGUGUCAUUUCUUCUCGUACAACACAUCUCCCAGCCCAGGAGUGGAACUGGUAAACGUCCUUGGCACUCCCUCAAUUCCAAGUCUGUCCUUAGAUUGUGAAACCACCACACAAGAUUCCAGAUGUGGUGUCAAACAGCGCUGUACUUAAGAUGAGAUGAGAUAUCUUCAUUAGUCACAUGGACGUUGAAACACACAGUGAAAUGCAUCUUUUCCAUUGAGUGUUCUGGGGGCAGCUCGCAAGUGUCGCCACACGUCCGGCACCAACACAGCAUGCCCACAACUUCCUAACCCGUAGGUCUUUGGAAUGUGGGAGGAAACCGGAGCACCCGGAGGAAACCCACGCAGGCACACGGGGAGAACGUACAAACUCCUUACAGACAGUGGCGGGAAUUGAACCUGGGUCGCUGGCGCUGUAAAGCGUUACGCUAACCGCUACACCACUGUGCCUGCCCACAGCUAAUUGGAGCAAGACGUCUCUAUUUACUCAAAACAUCUUGCAAUAAAGGUGAACAUCUAGUUUCCUUCCCAAUUUCUUACUAAACCUGAAUAUUAACUUGCACGGAUUCACGUUUAAGGUCACGCAAGUCCCUCUGAACACACACAACUUUCAGUCAGCAGAAUAAAAAAAAAUACUCACACUUUCUAUUUUUCUAUAGUUGGAUGGCCUCACAUUUUUCCCAUAUUGCGUCUGCCUGUUGACCUACCGAUUACUAGCCCCUUUGCAUCCUCCCAAAGUUAUGAGCAUAAUUCCGACUCUAUGUCAAAUAAAUCAAAUCUUUUAGAAACUCUCUUUAUCUGAAGCGCUUGAAUUUUCUACUCCACUCAACCCUGUCGGAGUAUCUUCUGGCUUCCUUCUUCCCAGAAAUCCACAUAAGAAGUGGAGACAGGAAGAAGUAAUUUGGCUUCCCGUACCUGCUCUGCAUUCGCUGAGACCUGCUCCUUAACCUCUGCACCACUUUCUCCCACUAACCCCGCGUCCCCGGAAUCGAUUACC